CAUUUCUAGUCGCAGGCAAGCCAGAACACAUUCAGCGGCUGCUCGGAUCCAUCAACGGACUGAUGUCUACUGUAGUUAACGAGUCAAGAAAUCUGGCUCAUAAAAGAACGCUGGUAGCGAUGGGGAACGUUCUGAUUUUAUUAUAGGUUGCUCAAAAUGAUGCGCAAUAUACAGUAGCCUAUACUGUCGAGAGAGCUGCUGCAGAGGAAGAAAACGUUUGAGGACCAGCUUUGGACUAUACAAGCAACAUCCUUGUUCACCAUGAAUGCCGACAAUCUUACAAAAGCGGCUGCUACUGGAGACACUGACAGAGUUAGAUUUUUACUCGAAAAUGGUAUCAACCCUAAUGCUGUCAACCGUUUUGGCAAGACACCUAUCCAGGUAAUGAUGAUGGGAAACACCAGAAUAGCUGAACUAUUGCUGAUGCAUGGUGCAAAUCCUAACAUUGUUGACUCUAGCACCGGCCUGACCCCAAUCCAUGACGCAGCCAGAGAGGGGUUUCUGGACACUGUAGGGAUGCUAGUUCGGAAUAAGGCAAAUAGCAAUGUGCGGGACAGAAGGAGCUUAUUACCCCUUGACCUGGCCAUAGAAAAUGGACACGAAGAAGUAAUUGCGUACCUAAAAUCGUUGGAAUAAUUUCUAGACUUCAUUCAAUUUUUUAGUGAUAAUAAUACUGCACUGUGUACAAUAAUCUGAUGAAUAACAGCUAAUAUAUGAACUUAUGUGAAUUAAAAAGAAACCCUUAUGUUAUAUAUUUAUAUUGAUAAUUUUCAUUUUAAUAUUUUAUUAGUUUCCACGUUGUUUAAAAAUAAUAAUUUCAACUAACUUGCAGCUUUUGUUGUUUUGUUUUGUUUAUUAUUAAUAUUCGAGUGUGCAUUACAUUUAAAUAUAUUCUUGAGAAUUGGGACAAAAUGCUUCCAGCCAUACCAUAUUAUGUUAUUUAAUGUAAAAAUUAAAUUAGAGAUUGGAAAAUGUGGUCAAGUCUUUACUCUAAGUGACAUGCAUAUAUGUUUACAACUGAUCAAGUUAUUAUGGAAAUAUUUUACAAUUUUUCCCUAUUAAACUUUUGUUCUUAGGACCCCA